CCUCGUCGGCCCUCGACUCCUCCAUCCUGGCAUUUACCUUCAUCCUGGUAACUCGCAAGUCCCCGGACCAAAAACAGGAAGUGCACGAUGAGUUCAGCAGCCGAGGACGAGGACGCUUCGGCGUCAGAAACCGUCAAGUCGCUCACGCUCACGCGGGACAGCGACGGGAGCAUCAUACUGCACUGCCCCCCCAACGGUGGGUCAACACACACGUUUCCUUUUUUGAGUCUCAUUAACGAAAUUCUGCAGGAGGAUGAGGACUCUCUCUCGCCAGAUCAGAAGACAGAGGUGUCUCCUGUCAGUCAGGCCUGGUUCACUACAAAAGAAGACAAAGACACGCUGGCUAACAAAGGUCACAAGUGGAAACAGGGCAUGUGGUCCAAAGAGGAGAUCGACCUUCUGAUGAGCAACAUCGAUCAAUAUGUUAAAGGCCGAGGCAUCGAGGACCCAGCAGAGAUUAUUUUUGAGAUGUCCAAAGAGGAGAGGAAGGAUUUCUACCGCUCCGUCGCGUUGGGCUUAAACAGGCCGCUGUUCGCCGUCUACAGACGAGUUCUACGAAUGUACGACAACCGCAACCACGUCGGAAAGUACACUCCUGAUGAGAUAGAUAAGCUAAAAGCGCUGAGGGAGAAACACGGGAACGACUGGUCGACCAUCGGGGCGGCGCUGGGUCGCAGCGCCUCGUCGGUCAAAGACCGCUGCCGACUGAUGAAGGACACCUGCAACACAGGUAAAUGGAGCGAGGAGGAGGAGCGACGUCUCACCGAGGUUGUGUACGAGAUGGCGGGUGCGUCGCCGGGGUCGGCGGUCACAGGCGGCGUCUCCUGGGCAACGGUCGCCGAUCAGGUUCGCACGCGCUCAGAGAAACAGUGUCGGUCCAAAUGGUUGAACUACCUGAACUGGAAACACAGCGGAGGGACCGAGUGGAUGAAGGAGGACGACAUCAACCUCAUCCGCAGGAUAUCGGAGAUGGAGGUGGAGGACGAGAACGAAAUCAAGUGGGAGGAUCUCGCAGGCGGGUGGAGCAGCGUCCGGUCGCCACAGUGGCUGCGCUCCAAGUGGUGGAGCAUCAAGAGACAAGUAACCAAUCACAAGGAGAUCCCUUUCAACGUCCUCCUGAAGGGUCUCCAGGAGCUCAUGGCGUCCUCACAGACCACAUCUGGACCAGGGAGUCCCUCCUCCUCCUCCUCGGCCCUUCAGAUCCGACUCGCCCGAUUGGAGGAGAGCGGCGGCGGCGGCGGCCCGGCCCCCGGCUCCAUGGCGGCGCUGCAGAUCCCCCUACAGAUCCCGCUGCAGAUCACACACCUGGCUUCGGAUCCUUCAGCAGCAGCCAGCGACAGUGAGACCAUCACCCUGAACACGGGGGCCCUGCAGACCUUCGAGAUCCUUCCUUCCUUCCACCUGCAGCCCACCGGCACCCCUGGGACCUACUACCUCCAGACAACGUCCAAUCAGGGCCUGCCACUCAGCCUCUCCACCAGUCAGGGCCUCCCGCUCAGCUUAGCCAAUAACAGCACGGUUACCCUGACGACAGGCUCCUCGCCCUCAUCACAUGAACACAUUAUCCUCCACAGCCUGUCGACGGACGGCCUCUGCUCCGGCGACGGCGUCAUCAUCCAGACUGUCACCUCUGACCCCGCCUCCUCGGACCCUCUUAGCCAAUCACAGCUGGCUGUGGAGACGGGACGGCGGAGCCCGGACGAGCGCCUGGACGCCACGAGUCUCCUGGAGGAGUCAGAGAGCGUUGGCACGGAAACUCAGGAGCCAAUCACAGACGACUUCACUGACAAGGAGCUGAGUUCAACGUCUGUUGAGGGUCCAGUGGUGCAUUCUGGGAUAACAUCUGGCAGCACUGUGUUGAUUGUGUCUCCUCCCAACAUCAGCAGCACACUGACAGAUCCGAUCCUGGAGAACCAGGAAGGCUCCGACUGAGCCGGACGUCCAUCGUGGCAGGCGGUGAUUGAAGGGUGGAGGACAGGCGGAGGACGCUUCCCGUCCCUGCACAGGACAAAAAAAAAAGACAGCGCCCGUCUGCUCAGCGUGUUGGACUGUCAACACUUCUGAAGUUACACACCGAACCCCUGGAGGAAAUGUGAACGCAGCGCUGCAGUGCCAAAGAGACUCUGAAGACAGAGAAGGAACUUUAAUAAACACUACACGUUCACAUGUGUAGAUCGUUUGAAAAUAACAUGACGAGAACUCAUGUGAUUAUGAAAAUAAACUAAUUUCAAUUUGU